CUAGUGUUUCAUUUCUGACAGCCGUAGUCCUCUACCACAAAUCUCAGGGCCGGCUUCUUUUCGUCUCCCAUCAACAACUGGAUGAUAUGCAGCAACCAUUUUUUCCGUGGGUUGUCAGCUCACAAACCUUAUGAGUACAAGUCGUGUGUCUUCGUCGCUCUCAGCAAGCACUUGUCUCACUCUGGAAGCACUGCUCUCUCCUGCACAUCCUGCCCCAUGUUUCGCAAUAGAACUAUUGUAACUUAUACACCUCGCAAUUCGAAGCUCAAUUCAUCUGCCUGUCGAGGAUGGAUAAGCCUUUUUCAGGAGCGUUGAGUCCCUCUUAUCUGGCUGGAGUGCUGUUUACGCACAAGUGUCUACGACAAGGUCUUUUGAACUGCUUGCAAGAUGAAGGGUAUCUACGACGACGAUGUUGAUCAUUCUUUGGGGGGAAUAAUUAUGCAGCUUGUCGAAAUUCGAUCGUAGUGGGAAUAGUGAGGAAAUUUGCAGGUGAAAAUGGUAGAAUUCAUGAAUCCUGUUGAGUGAUGGUUAUGGAGGUCGAGGGGAACGAAAUGCGUGAAAGUGUUGCGGUCCCGAGCGGAUUAGGCAUCUGGGUAGGGUUGGACAAACAGCUUUUGACUUAGUUUGGAAGUGAGAAAGGGAGCGGAAGAUAGGUUGUGACACAGGCAUUCAAGACGGGAAGGAUGCCCCCCGCUUGCAGAACACCGGGUUUCCUAGGGAACAAUGGGAGGGAAAACGAGGACGAUGUGCCCUACGUAGACGCGCUGCGGAUGCAGUUGACUAUCAGUACUGCCAGAAGCACUGGCAAGGUAUCGUCCUCUCAAGGCUCGUCAUCGCUCUCUAUCGAAGCCUCUGAUGCAGAUGAAGGCCCCAAUACAACUUCUGAGAGAGAGAUUCCUAAGGUCUUGCAUGUUCUCGCGGCUGUGCUUGAUCGCCUCGUUUCCAGGAAUGAACAAUUUGCCAACGCACCGUCCCAGCAAGGCAAGAAGCUGACAAUUUUCCAUGGUCUAAGGGCGCCCAGCAUUAACAUCGCUAAAUAUCUGGAGCGCAUCUUUAAGUAUACUAAUUGCAGCCCAUCUUGUUUUGUGGUCGGAUACGUAUACCUUGAUCGCCUUAUCCAUCGACAACCAGAUUUGCUUGUCACUUCUCUCAACGUGCACAGGCUGUUGGUGACAAGCGUUAUGGUGGCCACUAAAAUGCUCGAUGACGUGCACUUCAACAAUGCCUUCUUUGCCAGGGUAGGAGGUGUCAGCGUUGUUGAGUUGAAUCGCCUCGAGCUUGAGUUUUUGUUUCGCCUGGAUUUCAAGUUAUCCGUCACAAUUAGUGUUUUCGAGAGCUAUUGUUCAUAUCUGGAGAGGGACAUAGCCGCUAUCUCUGAGAAAAAACCGGAACGAAGCUUGCCAGCAUUUGGCAGUGCACCUGUAAGUGCAUAUGGCACUGCCCCCGGAACCCCUCGGGGAAGUGCUCCACAGACCCCCACAGAGAUGUCUCCCAGGUAUAAUAAACGAGUAACUUCUGGACUCCCAGCGUCGUAUGUGGGCAGUAAGCAGAGUUCGUUGCGGUAUCAGCAACCUCUGUCACAAUAUUUUGCCAGAGAUUCACCACCUAGUCGUUGAAAGACUUCUUAACCAGUUCAAUGCCUCCUGAGGCAUUUAAUGCCCAAGGAUCCUCACAGCCCAGCUAGUGUUGUAGAUAUGGGGACUGCUUCCUUUACACACGGCGUGCUACUUUUAACUGUGCUGAGAGUCGAUUUAGAGUGACAGUCAUAUGCAGCCACUGAUUCCAGCAAGACUUUCUAGGGAGUUCUAAAUAUGGUGCCAAGAAUGUGGUACCUGAACAUAUCAAUGUGCAGUUCAUGCUCAAGGUAAUCAAUGUCGGUAUUCGUGGCAAAGGAUCACCUCCUCAGUGCCGUGGAGGGCCCGACGUGGCGGGUACGCAAUGCUGCGUAUGGGAGCUCGCGUAACUUAAGAUCGCUUUAACAGGGGGAGUAAAUCUUCAUAGGUAACGAAAACCGUUGGAGCUUCUAAGCAAGCAUGAGAGUUUUAUGUCAAUAUGCAAUGUUCUGAAGCACUCCAAUUCUUGGCGAAGCAAACGUGAGCUGCUUCAAACCAUUCAGCCAUGUCCUCAGAAAAAAAGCAAUGAAAGAGACAUCGUGCAAGUGUGUGCUCACAUACGACGCUGCUCAGAAGCAUUCAUGACUGUUGGUAAAGGGCCUUGUUGCAUUCGUAGCUACAUCACUGGUUCAGCUCGUCCAGCAGGAAUGGCUCCCGAGUAGUGGAUGUGUGGGGUGCUAAUUUACAGAAUCCAGUUACUUGCGGGUUCAGGUUCUGAGGUGAAGACAAGAAAAGAGGGGGGGGGGGGGGGUCAACAACUGCAAGACGCUCCCGCUGCACAGCUGAUUGCGAAGCACGGUAAUUGCUUGAACACCAGGGUUGUGACGAUUAGUGCUUCUCAAGAAUCCUUCAGUGAUUUGGGUUGCAAACUCGGAGAUCCUUUGAUCUCCAGAAUUGGUACGCGCCCCACAACAGCUUUCGUAACUUAAUCCUCUGGAGUCCAGGCAGCUGCAAGUAGUGAACCAUUUUAUAUUUUAAUGUACAUUGCGAAAUGCGAGACAGGUUUCUCGACAUCGAUAAUUGGUCAAUGAUUGUAAACCAGUGGCAUUGCGGCCUCGAAUUGUGAGACCACUAUUGAGAAACUAUACUACAAGAGUUUCAUGUAUCAGCAUGAUGUUGUGAAAAUUCUACUUGCCCUUUAAGUGUGAAUCGUGACGAGAUAGCUUGUUCUCUGAUGAGAGACUUGGGUAGAAGCAAUUAGGUUAGCUGAUGUGUGAAGGGGCAUGUGAGAUGAUUUUGGGAUUGCAACGUGAUGUCUCAUUUAAUACAUCAAAGUUGAUAAUCUUUCUAAGUUGUAACGGAGGUCAUUUUUCAAAAGAAUAAAUAUUUUUCUCAGGGUUUACUGAUUGAAAAUAGCUGCAA